GGUCACAGACACGCACUUCACUUCACUCUCAACUUCUUCCAUGGCUCCAUUUCUCUCCUCUUCCCUCCCCCUCCUCCUCCUCUCCUUUCUCCCUCUCCUCUCCCUAUCCUUCUCCACCUUUGAUCAACCCUACAAAACCUACAUCAUUCGCAUUGACUCUCAAUCUAAGCCCUCCAUUUUCCCCAAGCAAUGGUACGCUUCCUCUCUAUCCUCCAUCUCCCCUGGAACCACUCCCCUUUUACUCCACACUUACGACACCGUUUUCCAUGGCUUCUCCGCCAUUCUAACACCAGACCGCGCCGCCACUCUCAGCCAACACCCAUCAGUCCUUGCCGUGAUUGAAGACCAACGGAAACAACUCCACACCACUCGGUCUCCUCAGUUUCUUGGACUCAGAAACCAACGUGGGCUCUGGUCGGAUUCUAAUUAUGGUUCUGAUGUUAUCAUUGGCGUUUUGGAUACUGGGAUCUGGCCUGAAAGACGGAGCUUCUCGGAUGUCAAUCUUGGGCCGGUUCCUGGCCGGUGGAAAGGAGUUUGUGAAGUUGGCGAAAGAUUUACAGCAAGAAACUGCAACAAGAAGCUGAUCGGUGCUCGUUUUUUUAUCAAAGGACAUGAGGCAGUAGGUGGGGCUAUGGGACCGAUUAGUCCUAUCAAUGAAACUCUGGAGUUUAAGUCUCCGCGUGAUGCCGAUGGUCAUGGGACUCACACGGCAUCAACUGCGGCAGGAAGGCAUGCGUUUCGUGCUAGCAUGGAAGGUUUUGCAGCGGGGAUUGCAAAAGGGGUGGCUCCGAAAGCACGUUUGGCUGUGUAUAAAGUUUGCUGGAAGAAUGCAGGAUGUUUUGAUUCUGAUAUUUUAGCUGCUUUUGAUACUGCUGUUAAAGAUGGAGUUGAUGUCAUCUCGAUUUCCAUUGGUGGUGGUAGUGGGAUCUCGGCGCCUUAUUAUCUUGAUCCGAUUGCCAUUGGUGCUUAUGGGGCGGCUUCUAGAGGGGUUUUUGUUUCGUCUUCGGCUGGGAAUGAUGGGCCUAAUUUUAUGUCAGUUACGAAUCUUGCUCCUUGGAUUGUUACUGUUGGUGCUGGAACAAUUGACAGGAGUUUCCCUGCUGUUGUUGUUCUUGGUAAUGGGAAGAAAUUAUCUGGUGUUUCGCUAUAUGCUGGUUUGCCCUUGAGUGGUAGAAUGUAUCCUCUGGUUUAUCCAGGGAAAUCAGGGGUUUUGGCAGCGUCACUGUGUAUGGAAAAUUCGUUGGAUCCUAAGAUGGUGAGAGGGAAAAUUGUUGUUUGUGAUCGCGGAAGUAGUCCAAGAGUGGCUAAAGGGUUGGUUGUUAAGAAAGCUGGAGGUGUUGGUAUGAUUCUUGCUAAUGGAGUUUCUAAUGGUGAAGGAUUAGUUGGUGAUGCUCAUUUAAUUCCUGCUUGUGCUCUUGGUUCUGACGAGGGUGAUGCUGUUAAGGCCUAUGUUUCAUCAACGUCGAAUCCGGUUGCUACUAUUGCUUUCAAGGGUACCGUGAUUGGAAUCAAACCAGCUCCAGUUGUUGCUUCGUUUUCAGGUAGAGGACCAAAUGGAAUAAGCCCGGAGAUUCUUAAGCCGGAUUUGAUUGCUCCCGGUGUGAACAUUCUUGCUGCCUGGACUGAUGCUGCUGGUCCAACUGGAUUGGAAUCAGAUCCACGAAAAACUGAAUUCAACAUCCUUUCUGGCACUUCAAUGGCAUGUCCUCAUGUAAGUGGCGCGGCAGCCUUGCUUAAAUCUGCUCACCCACAUUGGAGUCCAGCAGCGAUUAGGUCUGCAAUGAUGACUACCGCGAAUACAUUCAAUAAUCUAAACCAGCCAAUGACCGAUGAGGCCACUGGAAAGGGGUCGUCACCAUAUGAUUUGGGCGCAGGACAUCUCAAUCUUGAUCGAGCAAUGGAUCCAGGUCUUGUUUAUGAUAUUACAAACAAUGAUUAUGUGAACUUUUUGUGUGGAAUUGGAUAUGGGCCAAGAGUAAUUCAGGUGAUCACACGAUCACCUGUGAGUUGUCCAGUGAAGAAACCAUUGCCCGAGAACCUCCAUUACCCUUCUCUUGCAGCACUGUUUUCAAGCUCAGCUAAGGGAGCAUCAAGCAAGACAUUCAUUAGAACAGUCACCAAUGUGGGUCAACCAAAUGCCGUUUAUCGUUUUACAAUCCAAGCUCCGAAAGGAGUUACAGUGGCAGUGAAACCACGAAAAUUGAUGUUCACUGAGGCCGUGAAGAAGCGGAGCUUCAUUGUAACCAUAACAGCCAAUGCCCGGAAUCUGAUCAUGGGUGAUUCGGGUGCUGUAUUCGGGUCAAUUGCGUGGUCGGAUGGGAAGCACGUUGUUAGGAGUCCCAUUGUGGUGGCCCAGAUAGAUCCCUUGUAAGCCUGCUACUUCCAAUCCGAUCAUCUCUUUUUGAUCGAUAAUGUUGAUUGGUAGGUGGUUAAGCACGUGCUCACUGCUUAUGUAGCAAUAGAGAGUGGAAGGCAGCUUAAGUGUAGAAUUUGCUACGCAUAAGAGUGUGGCUGCCAUGUUAGGACCACGGCCAAGAACUUGUUUACAGGGGGUGGCUGGUGUGUGUUCUUUUCUUUUUUUGAACCUUUUUUCUUUGUUAAAUUAUAUCUUUCAUGUAAUGUUGUAUGUAUAAACUUGACAAGUUUAUAUAAGCAAUAGUUUAAUAGAUAAUAGUCAGUUUGAUGCUUU